CCAUGGCCAAGCACCACCGCACGCCGGCGCGCUCCGCCGAGCCCGUCAUCGAGGUCAAGAGCAAGUUCGACGCUGAAUUUCGCCGCUUUGCCAUGAAGCGCUCUGGCGCCGGCAGCUUCCAGGACUUCUACCAGCUGCUGCAGACAGUGCACCAGAUCCCGAGGGUGGAUGUGCUCCUGGGCUACACAGACAUCCACGGCGACCUCCUGCCCAUCAACAACGACGACAACUACCACAAAGCCCUGUCCUCUGCCAACCCCCUCCUCAGGGUCAUCAUCCAGAAGAAGGCAGAGUCUGACGCCAGCGUCUUCGCCUCCAACUCCCUGCAGCGGAAGAAGAAAGGGCUGCUGCGGCCAGCGCACUACCGGGCCAAGCCUCACCUCCUGAUCGGGAUGCCCCAGGAUUUCCGCCAGAUCUCCUCCAUCAUCGACGUGGACAUCCUGCCCGAGACGCACCGGCGCGUGCGGCUGCACAAGCACGGCUCCGACAAACCGCUGGGCUUCUACAUCCGCGACGGCGUCAGCGUGCGCGUGGCCCCGCAGGGCGUCGAGAAGGUGCCCGGCAUCUUCAUCUCCCGCCUGGUGAAGGGCGGCUUGGCCGAGAGCACGGGGCUGCUGGCGGUCAGCGACGAGAUCCUGGAGGUGAACGGCAUCGACGUGGCCGGCAAGUCGCUGGACCAAGUGACGGACAUGAUGGUGGCCAACAGCCACAACCUGAUCAUCACCGUCAAGCCGGCCAACCAGCGCAACAACGUCAUCCGCAGCAGCAAGGCCUCGGGCAGCUCCGGCGUGUCCACGGACAGCACUCCCAGCCAGCAGACCCCCAGCCCGGCCUCGCAGUACCUGAGCAACUACAGCACGGCCGAGAGCGACGAGGAGGGAGACCUGGUCAUCGAGAGCGACAGCGCCUCGCACUACAUGCCCGGGGGCUGCCCCAACGGGGGCCCUGCCGACGGAGCCCUGCGGCGGAGCCUGUCCCCGCACAGCUCGCGGGGCUCCCUGCAGUCCCUGGGCAGCCACGACGGCAGCCCUGGCAGGGGCAGCGCACGGGAGGAUGGCACCCUCCUCACCCUAUAGCCACAGGGGCCCGUGCCACGCGGUGGCUGGAUGGGUUUCUGCUGAUCUGGAUGUGGACAGCAGGGUGAUGAUGUGGCCAGCGGGCAGGGGUGGAGAGGGGCUGCCCACUGCCUCCUCCCACCCCCUGUGACCCUGGGAGCCCCACUGUGGGACCCACUCAAGCUGGGCACUGCCCCUGUGAGCGCCCUUGCCUCCUCUUCCAAGCAAGCGGGGGUUUUUAAUUGUUUUAUUGAAAUAUGCAUCAUUAAUAUAUUGCAAUGGACAGUAAAACUUUUUCUA